CUUGUUUCAACGUCGCUUCCUUUUCUCAUUAAUGGCUUCCCACUCUCUUCUUCUGCUCUUCUUGCCUCCUCUUCCUCCUACGCCCAUCGCACGACUCUAAUCUCGAUGCCUGCCCUUGCCUUCUACCUCUUCAGCCCAUUCUCCCGUCCUCGCCUUAGAACCCUAAUCCCGGCUCAAACUCGAACAAACUCGCUUGGGGAUGCCGUGCCUCGCUUCAAUCUCGCUGCCUCGCUCGCCUUCCUGGUUUACGAGGUUGUAGUUUAGUUAUCGAGCUUUAGAAGCAUUUGACGCUGGGGUUACGCGAGAUGGGCUCAGAGGGUGGAGGUUUCUUUCAUUUGUUUGAUUGGAACAGGAAAUCACGCAAGAAAUUGUUCUACAACGGAGACGCUUGUUCUGAAAAAACAACCAAGGGCAAUAAGUGUGAUUAUAAUAAGUCAGAGCCACAACUCCACCAGGUUGAUCAAAAUGAGUCGGAUGGGCAAGCAAGCACCGAGGUUGGCAGUAACUAUUAUGGUAAUUUGGUAACUGAUCAAGAGGAAGGUGGAUUUAAAGCUCCAGGAGUUGUAGCCAAGCUUAUGGGUUUGGACUCUAUGCCAGCCUCUAGCAAUUCUAAGCCUGAUUCUCCACUCUUAGAUGACUCAAGCUCUUUUUGGGGUAACAAUAGUCAGAAGAGAGAUGCUGAAUAUUACUCCAAUGAUAGUGUAUAUCAUGUGAUCACAAGAAACAAUAUCUAUUCUGGAAAAAUAGAAACAAAGUUACAGAGGAUGCCGAGCAGCCCAAUUGAGAAAUUUCAAAUAGAAAUGUUGCCUCCUAGAGGAGCUAAAACUAUCUCAAUUACCCACCACAAAUUACUUUCUCCUGUUAGAAAUUCUGGUCUCAUCACUCCUAGAAAUGCAUCUUAUAUAAUUGAAGCUGCAGCAAAGAUUCUUGAACCAAAAUUUCACAGCACUACCAUGGGUGGACUUCAUUCUUUCAGGAUGCCUCUGAAAUCACUAAAGGAUAGUGAAUCCAAUGGGAUCAUAGAAACACGUAGGAAUAUAUCAAAACAGAUAGAAUCAUCUGUUGGAAUUUCAAAGACCGGUGAUCCUGCAUCUCUCAGAGGACGGACCUUAAAAAGUUCAAAGAGCCUGAAAGAUGAUACAGGUGCUCAAUUGAAUGGAAGUUCAAAUGAGUCCCAGUAUUCAGGUGCUAAAGUAAAUCAGAAUUCAGGCUCGCUUCCAAUUAAAGCAAAGGUAAACUCACAGAGGAAGGAGGGAACAAGCUUGAAGAGCAGCACAACAUUAGGCAAAGAUAAUGAGGGGUGCAGCUCAAACAAGCCAGCUAAUAGUCUGUUGGAUGACCAAAACAGCAACCAGGAUAUGAGAGCUCCUUCUGUUAAUGGUUACAGUGUGCUGAAGAGAAGUAAUCAGAAGGACAAGUAUCUGUCUGGUAAAGGCAAGUUAACUUUGCAGCCAUCAGUUACAGAGCAGCAAGGGACCAAAAACGUUAUUGGACAUGUGUCAUCUGAGAAGAGAAAGAUUGGAAGUGAGUUUCCAGUGAAUAAUAAAGUGGGUUACAAGAAAGGAAUAGGAACUAAUUACUCCGAGAAAGAGGCAGUGCCGCCAGGUUGCAAAAACUUCUCACAGCAUAAUAGUUUGGUAGAGACAAAGUCAUCUUCCCAAACAAGUUUUUCUAAUGAGAUCGCUCAGGUGCCCCCAGGUAAAUCUUGGACCCUGGUACAGCAUAAUUUUGUAUUGGAUGAACAUUUGAAAUGCAGGUAUGAUAAUGUGCAAAAGAGCACAGAUGUUGUUUCAUUUACAUUCACCUCACAAAUUAGUAAGCCAAAGGGCUCAUCACUGUCCUUCAGCAGCAAGGUGGAAAACCAGGUCAAAAAGAAUGAAUAUUCUGAUAAGAAAUGUCAAGAUGUUGUAUAUUCAGACAACCAAAUCUUACCCCACUCAAAACAGAAUGUUAUAGAACAGGACUGUCUAGGCAUUCUUUUAGAAAGAAAGUUACAAGAUUUAACUACAGGUGCUCAAUCACCUUAUUUUAAUUUACUUAAACGAGGUAGUGUUUCAGCAUGCAUACCCAUUGUGGAUGAUUCGGCUUCUGCUUUUAAUGAAUAUAGUUCUGAGCGCAAAAAGAAAGCCUCAUUUUCAUCUGUUAGUUUGAAAUCAGUUUCAUUAGCUAGCGAAAUGGAAGAAGGCAACAUGAGCUUUAGGCUACAGGAAAUGAGUAGAGCAGGAUCUCACAGCAAGGUGGACGAAAUUGGUCACCAAGAUCUGAGCCCUUUAUCCUGGAACUCUAUGCUGAGCUGCAGCAGUGUUCAUGGAAACAAAAUAAGUUCCACUUUUUGUGCUGAUUUAUCAAAUUCAGUUUCCCAAUUUUCUGAAAAUAGAGAUGGAGAAUUAGUAUCUGAAAUCCGCAACGGUGGUCAUACUAAUUCAUCCACUCAGGAACUAGAAUAUGUGAAAGAGAUAAUUAUUAACACCGGCUUUACAUUUGAGGAUCUGAUACCAUGUCCACUUGACCAUUCUUUCGAGAUACUUGAUCCAAUUCUUUUUGACAAGCUGGAAGAGACUAGAAUCUCAACACCAAAUGAAGCGGAGGAGAAAAGGCUGAGGAUGAGGCGGAAGAUAUUAUUCGACUCUGUGAACGAAUGCUUGGACAGGAAAUGCAGUCAGUAUUUCCGGUCAGGAUUCCAAUCAUGGGUGAAAGGGGUAGCUGUUGCUGCAAAAAGUUUGGGAGCUGAACUCUACAAGGAGAUCUCAGAUUGGAGUAGCAUUGGAGACUGGAUGGUGGAUGAACUUGUGAAUCGAGACAUGACUACGCAUUUAGGUGGUUGGGUUCACUAUGAAAUUGAAGCAUUCGAAGCAGGAAUAGAGAUUGAGUCAGAGCUUUUCAAUUCCUUGGUCGAUGAUGUUGCUGCCGGAUUGUUAUGAGGAACGAGGAAACAAACUUGAGGGGUUCACUUGCAAACCGCUUGAAGCCCUCUAUACAGUCGAUGGUUUCAGGUAUUUUAAUCCUGAGGCUGUAUAGGGGGUUUCACGGUGAAGGCAACAGGCUUGCCUUUCGUUCCCACAUUUGAUGUUCUCCAGGCUUCUCUCUUUUCCUUGUAACCAUGUAAAUACAUUCCAGGAUUUGAAGAGAAUCACUGUGGCAUUGUUGGGACUCGAGUUAGCAAUCAUUUUGCUCCGACAAGAAUUCCUAAAAUGGCAAGAUUUGUGUAGUGCAUUGAACUUGCUAAAUAGUAGUUGGCUUUACACGCUU